AUGAAGGCCAACCACAGCACAGAACAGCGCUUCCUCCUGCUGGGUUUCUCUGACUGGCCCUCCCUGCAGCCGGUCCUCUUCGCCCUUGUCCUCCUGUGCUACCUUCUGACGCUCACGGGCAACUCGGCGCUUGCGCUGCUGGCGGUGCGCGACCCGCGCCUGCACACGCCCAUGUACUACUUCCUCUGCCACCUGGCCCUGGUGGACGCGGGCUUCACCAGCAGCGUGGUGCCGCCGCUGCUGGCCAACCUGCGCGGCCCGGCACUGUGGCUGCCGCGCGGCGGCUGCGUGGCCCAGCUGUGCGCGUCGCUGGCGCUGGGCUCGGCUGAGUGCGUCCUCCUGGCCGUGAUGGCGCUGGACCGCGCAGCCGCCGUGUGCCGCCCGCUGCGCUACGCCGGGCUCGCCUCGCCGCGCCUCUGCCGCGCCCUGGCCGGUGCCUCCUGGCUCGGCGGCCUCGCCAACUCCGCCGCGCAAACCGCGCUCCUGGCCGCGCGGCCGCUGUGCGCGCCCCUCAGGCUGGACCACUUCAUCUGCGAGCUGCCAGCGCUGCUCAAGCUGGCCUGCGGCGGCAGCCGAAACGCCACCGAGAGCCAGAUGUUCGCCGCCCGCGUGGUCAUCCUGCUGGUGCCGUCCGCCGUCAUCCUGGCCUCGUACGGCGCGGUGGCCCGCGCAGUGUGGGCCAUGCGGUCCAGCGGUGGCAGGAGGAAAGCGAUGGGCACGUGUGGAUCCCACCUGACAGCCGUCUGCCUGUUCUACGGCUCGGCCAUCUACACCUACCUGCAACCCACGCACAGCUACAACCAGGGGCGGGGCAAGUUCGUUUCGCUCUUCUACACCGUGGUCACACCGGCCCUCAACCCGCUCAUCUACACCCUCAGGAAUAAGGAAGUGAAGGGGGCAGCGAGGAGGUUCCUGAGGAGUCUGGGGAGAGGGCAGGUGGGACAGUGA